AUGACGCGCUGGUGCCGUCGGAUGCCGGAUCCGGUACUCGUCAAAGACGUGAAGCGAAUGGUGUCUGUUCCGGUGAUGGCACACGCUUGCGUCGGUCAUUUCAUGGAAGCUCAGACCUUGGAAUCUCUCGCCGUCGAUUAUUUGACAAGAGUGAGAUCAUCUCGGUCGCAGACGAAGACGAAGCAGAUGGGAAGGGUUCCGGUGGUGCAGUUCGCAUCAGCACCUGGAUGCAUCUGUUCGAUGUUCAAGCCGGUGUUGUUGAGGAACAAGGUGAACAAAGGAGAUUACACCGGGCAAGCUUUAGCCGGUUCUGUGCUCGGUGUGGAAAUGAAUGGGGUUUGUGCAAGACCCCGGAAGCUGAAUCCGCCGGGAAGGCCUUCCGGUAAUGCGAUCUCUGAAAUGUAUCAGCACAAGAGGUUUUUCGCUGAGAAGCUUAAGCAGCCGGUGUAUGGACACAAGAAGUCAGGCAAGAAGACAAAGAGAAAGAGUUGA